GGGGGGAUGUUGAGAAAGAAGCAGACAACGAAAUACCCUUGCCCGGCAGCAGCCAACUAACUACUCGAGCAUCAAUUAGGCCUUGGCAGUGCCAACGCCCUGGAGUAACCUUUCAUGCUGUCUUCGAGAUUUCCAGUUUCUGGCUUUCAACUGUAGGUGCUGUCAUUGUUGGAAAGAAUGAAUCUUCAAUCAGUCCCACUUUCUUACUGUAUGAUAGAAGGACGCUCGAGCACCAGAGGUUUUGGAUUGACAUUCACUCCAGUCUUAGCCUGCUCUGUCUUCUAUCUUGACCAUUCGCUCCACUAGGUUAGUAUUAUCUCUCUUCAGAAGAGCCCCUGUUGCAGUACGAGGAGACUGGAAACAGCAUGGAUGCGUGGGCAAUCAGUCACAGGUGUGCAAUAAAGCGAGUUUCAGCCCGGUCUGCAUUGGCAGUGAAUAGACAACGACAGCCCUGAAGUGCUCACAAGAUCCAAGCCAGCACCUAUAACAUUUAUCCACAGUUCAGGAGACAAAGAACAAUCAAUCAAGAAAUGGAAGACGUCGAGCAACCCCUCGACCAUGGAGUCGGCACACCCGAAGGGACACCGAAGAGCCCGAGCAAUGCGACGGCGAGGUCCUCUAAGAUACCUCUUGUAUUCAUGGCCUUUACGACAGUGCUUGCCACCGUUUGGGGGGGGCACCAUGACAGCUCUCUUCGUACAAGAGCGCAAUAGCAAUCGAUCAGCUCCAGACACCAAGAUCCGUUCCCACGGGACGCUUGGUAUUGCAGCCAUUUCUCACAUCAACGUUGUCGUGAACGACAGCAUCGACAUUGGGGCCCAGUACUACGAAGAAAUCUUGGGCUUCAAGCCUGCCUACAAUGCAGAUGGAAAGAUGGAGUACCGAAACAUUACAAACUAUGGCUUUUGCCUGGAUGCUGGAUUCGAACAAGGCGACUGCCGUGUUGACAUCAUCUUUUUGAAACAUGAAGUCCUGAAUCUCUAUUUGGGGCUGUUUUACUACUAUUCUCCUUUCCAAGGCAAUCUACAGUUGCCCUACUUUGAAACCAAUGAUGUUGGUGGUGUCCGGCAUAUUGCAGUAGAGUUGCAAGACGCAGUGAAGACUUAUCAUCAGCUGAAGGCAAUGAACCAUCAGGGACGCUUCGUCACUCAAGAUGCACCAGUGCCGUUGGACCCUUUCCCGUACACCUUCUUCUAUUGGGUUGACAAGUACAGGAUUCAAUGGGAGUUUGAACAAGGGCGCCCGGUCGUGUAUUAUCACAUCGCAGGCAUCACUGGUUAAAGGUUGGACUCCUACUGCAAAGGACAAUUCAGCCUGCACGAUACCACUGGCCGCUGGCUGGCCUUAGUAACUUCCGCAUCGAUCCGAGAAUCAUGAUAGAAUAACCAGAGACUUUCCGAUAGACAUUGCCUUGCCUAGCUAGCCAGAUCCUCCUGCAGCCAGGGGAAGUUUGUGUUGAUGCAUGGCAGGACAACUUUGGUCGAUGUGGUACGUGCAGU